AUGAGUCUACGAAGAUCCAAUAGAAUAGUUAGACUACCCACUUCUUCAUCACCAAUAAGAUCUAAAUAUUUCACACCGAAAAUCAAAAAAGAACAAGAUAUUGAAGAAAUCCCAGAGAUUAAAGAAAUCCCAGAGAUUAAAGAAGAAAUAAUUGAUAAUAAUAUUCAAAUUGUGGAAACAGUAAUCAAAAAGAAAGAAGAACAAGAUGUGUUACCAAUUAGAAGUCCUAAACGUCGUAAAACUCCAAAACCAUCUGUUAAAGUUGAAAUAGAAUCAAAUCCAAUACCCAAAAAUUUCCAUGAUAUUUAUAAUCAUGUUAAAACAAUGAGAUCCAAAAUAAUAACACCAGUUGAUACAAUGGGGUGUGCAAAUAUACCCAAGACAAUAAAUCAAGAAUCCCCAAUAACUCAAAAAAUCUAUAGAUUUCAAUUAUUAGUUUCAUUAAUGUUAUCUUCUCAAACUAAAGAUGAAGUAAAUUAUCAAGCUAUGACUAAGAUGCGUAAUUAUUUCAUAAAUGAAGCAGGUUUUAAAGAUGGUAUUACAAUUGAAUCAAUGUUAUGGAUUGAUGAAAUUAAAUUAGAUGAAUUAAUUUAUAGUGUUGGAUUUCAUAAAAGGAAAUCAGGAUAUUUAAAGAAAACUGCUGAAAUUUUACAAAAUCAAUUCCAAAGUGAUAUACCAAAUACUUUAGAAGGUCUUAUAAGUUUACCAGGUGUUGGACCUAAAAUGGCCUUUUUAACAUUACAAGAAGGUUGGAAUUUAAAUUUGGGGAUUGGAGUAGAUACACAUGUUCAUAGAUUAAGUAAACAAUGGGGGUGGGUACCGAAAACUGUUAAAGAUCCAGAAAUUACAAGGAAAGAAUUAGAAAAAUGGAUGCCCAAGGAAUAUUGGAAAGAGAUUAAUCCAUUACUUGUUGGAUUUGGUCAAAGUAUUUGUUUACCAAGAGGUAGAAGAUGUGAUUUAUGCUCUUUAAGUUCAACAAAAUUAUGUUCAAAUGUUGAUAGAGGGUUAUUACGGAAAGUUGGGAAAUUAACACCUGAAGAAUUGGAAAUUAUGAAUAAGAGUAUUAGAGGUGAUAUAUCAAAUUUAAAAGAUAUAGAGGAUUUGGUAUGA